AUGGAGCCGCCUGCCGAGGUUCGACAGCGCAAGCCACAGACCGCCAAGGAUCCUGGGGAGCUUCAGAAGCUCUCGACCAAACCACCUUCCGAGCCCCGUCUCAAACAUGGCAUUCCCAUGCAGCUACUGCGUUCUCUUUUGUUGAUAACGUGGGCGGAUUGUUGUAUUGUGGUGAUCUUUGUGACGCAAGUUAUCGGCGCCCCGCUGUAUCUGAUCAACAAAUAUUACUACUAUUCGUUUAUGGCAUAUACAAAACAAUGUUUUGGACUAGUACUCGGCGCUGUCACCCAGUGGAGUUCUCCGACGCUUGUCCGGGUCAGUGGUGAUGCUAGUGUGCGUGGGCAAAUCCACCUAUCGAAAGAUGGAUUGCUGGAAACCAGGUUUCCAGAGCGUCUUGUCAUGAUCUCGAAUCACCAGGUCUACACCGAUUGGAUUUACCUCUGGUGGGUUGCAUACACCAACGAGAUGCAUGGCCGCAUCUUCAUCAUCCUGAAAGAGUCGCUUAAGUAUAUUCCCAUCGUGGGCCCUGGCAUGAUGUUCUACGGUUUCAUCUUCAUGGCUCGCAAGUGGACGUCUGACAAGCCAAGGCUUGAGCAUCGUCUGGAGAAGCUGAAGACAGUUUACACCGGUUCCAACUCAGCCCGCCCGCAGUACGAUCCCAUGUGGCUGCUAAUCUUUCCCGAGGGGACAAACCUGUCCCUCAAUACCAAAGGGCGCAGUGACCUGUGGGGGAAGAAACAGGGACUGCCUUCAUUCAAACACAUGAUUCUUCCGCGAUCUACAGGGCUAUUCUUCUGUCUUCAGCAGCUGAGGGGAACCGUAGACUGGGUGUAUGACUGCACUAUAGCCUAUGAAGGACCACCGUAUGUUUUUCUUUCCUCUGUCCCACUCUCCUUUUAUUGGAAUGAUACUCACAAAGCUGUCUAUAGAAAGGGAAGCUAUCCCGAUAAAUACUUCACUCUCCGCUCCACAUAUCUACAAGGACGGCCACCAACCUCAGUCAACAUGCAUUGGAGACGCUUUGAGAUCUCAAAGAUUCCCCUUGACGAUCAGAAGGAGUUUGAGGACUGGCUGGUAGCACGCUGGGCUGAGAAAGAUCAACUUAUGGAUCAGUACUUCGAAACGGGCCGCUUCCCAUCCGAGUUGGCCGGUUCGAUAAAGGCCGAGCAUGCAGUAGAUGGCCAACAGGCUGCUGUUUCAGCUGGAUAUGUCGAGUCCCAUGCUCGCCUGCAUCAUUGGAGUGAGCUUGGUCUUAUCUUUGUGGUACUGGUCAGCGUUGCUUGCUUCUGCAAAUUUGUAACAAGCUGGAUGCAGUGA